GGUAAAAAUAGGCAACCGGAAACACAUAUUGUAACCAGAACAAACAACAAACAUUAUGUUGCCGAUUUGAAUGUUAUUUGUGUUUUUGUGUGGAAAUUUUUCAAAUUCUAAGCGAUUAAGGUUCAUAAUAGUUUGAAAAACUCUUUCAAAGCAGUGCCUAAAUGCAUUAUAAUUUAUAUAUAUAUUUAUAAAUUAUAUUACCUUGACAAUUCUGCUCUAAAAUGAAGAUCAACAUUGAUGGUCUUUUAGUUUAUUUUCCUUAUGACUUUAUUUAUCCCGAACAGUAUUCUUACAUGCUUGAGUUAAAAAGAAGUUUAGAUGCUAAGGGACAUGGUUUGUUAGAAAUGCCUUCAGGUACAGGAAAGACACUCUCAUUGCUUUCUCUCAUAGUUGCUUAUCAUAAGGCACACCCAGCUGAAGUAUCAAAACUUGUAUAUUGUUCUAGAACUAUUCCGGAAAUUGAAAAGGUUUUGCAAGAAUUACGACGUCUUGUAGCAUAUAUUGAGAAAGAAACUGGACAAGAAAAUAAAAUUUUAGGUUUAUGCUUGAGCUCCAGAAAAAACUUAUGUUGUCAUCCACAGGUAAGCAAGGAGAAAGAUGGUAGAAUUGUUGAUGGUAAAUGCUUUGCUCUUACUGCAUCUCACAAGAGAUCUAUGGCAGCUGUUGAUCCAAAUGUUGAUAUCUGUGCUUAUUUUGAAGCAUUUGAAAAACACGGAAAAGAGUUCCCACUACCUGUUGGUGUCUAUGAUUUGGAUGAUUUAAAAGAGUAUGGGAGAAAACACGGCUGGUGUCCAUAUUUCUUAGCUCGUCAUGCAAUAACAACUGCAACAAUUGUAGUAUACAGUUACCACUACUUAUUGGAUCCUAAAAUUGCUGAUCUCGUUUCUAAAGAAAUUUCCAAGUCAUCUGUUGUGGUUUUCGAUGAAGCGCAUAAUAUUGACAGUGUAUGUAUCGCUUCUAUGAGUGUAGAUAUAACCCGGCGAACUAUUGAAAGAAGUCAAACUGGUAUCAACAUGUUAGAAAAAACAGUUAAUAAACUUAAAGAAACUGAUGCCAAAAAAUUGAAAGAAGAAUAUAGUCGAAUGGUUGAAGGUUUGAAAGAUGCCGGCAUUGCUCGUGAUACAGACAUUAUCCUUUCUAAUCCUGUUUUACCCGAUGAAGUAUUGAAUGAGGCUGUGCCUGGAAACAUUCGAAGUGCUGAACACUUUAUUGCUUUUUUAAAGCGGUUUCUUGAGUAUGUGAAGAUGAGGCUUCGAGUACAACAUGUAGUUCAAGAAAGUCCUGCAGCUUUCUUAAAAGAUAUUGUUCAGAAGGUUUUGAUUGAAAGAAAACCUCUCAGAUUUUGUUCUGAGCGGUUGAGAUCUCUAGUUCGAACAUUAGAAAUAACAGAACUGAAUGAAAUGUCUUCUCUCACAGCUCUGUGUAAUUUUGCUACUCUUGUUAGUACAUACAUCAAAGGUUUUACUAUAAUCAUUGAACCUUGUGAUGAUAGAACACCAUCUGUACCAAAUCCCAUUCUUCAUUUUAGUUGUAUGGAUGCUUCAAUAGCCAUAAAACCUGUUUUUCAGCGAUUUCAAUCUGUUAUUAUCACAUCGGGUACGUUAUCCCCUCUUGAUAUGUAUCCCAAAAUUUUGGAUUUCCGUCCAGUUAUUAUGGCUUCCUUUACAAUGACUUUAGCUAGACCUUGCUUAUGCCCAAUGAUCGUUAGUAAGGGCAAUGAUCAAGUAUCAAUGUCUUCAAAGUUUGAAACUAGAGAUGAUAUAGCUGUGAUACGAAAUUAUGGAAAUCUACUGGUAGAAAUGUCUACUAUUGUCCCUGAUGGCAUUGUAGGAUUUUUCACUAGCUACACUUACAUGGAAGCUGUUGUGGCUGCUUGGUAUGAACAGGGCAUUAUUGAUAAUAUUUUGAAAAAGAAGUUGUUGUUCUUAGAGACUCAAGAUUCUGGAGAAACCAGCUUAGCUUUGUCGAAUUAUGUUAAAGCUUGUGAAAAUGGAAGAGGAGCUGUUUUAUUGUCUGUGGCCAGAGGAAAAGUUUCAGAAGGAGUUGAUUUUGAUCAUCACCUUGGAAGAUGUGUGAUCAUGUUUGGAAUACCUUUUGUCUAUACCCAAAGUAGAAUUUUAAAGGCACGCCUUGAAUAUUUAAGAGAUCAAUUUCAAAUAAGAGAAAGUGAUUUCUUAACUUUUGAUGCUUUAAGACAUGCUUCUCAAUGUGUGGGACGAGCCAUAAGAGGAAAAACUGAUUAUGGUAUCAUGAUAUUUGCAGACAAGAGAUUUUCACGUGCUGAUAAAUAUGGGAAGCUUCCAAAAUGGAUUCAGGAAUAUUUGUCUGAGUCACUUCAUAAUUUGUCUAUCGAAGAGGCUGUUCAAAUUGCUAAGCGAUUUUUAAGACAGAUGGCACAACCCUUUACAAGAGAAGAUCAACUUGGUAUAUCCCUUUUAACUCUUGAACAGCUGGAGUCUGAAGAAACAAAAAGAAAAAUUGAAUCAAGAGUACAAUUGUUGUAAAUAUUGUAUAUUAUUAUUUUAUAUGUAUUAAAGUUUUUAUUUUAAUAA